AUGGCUGGCCGUUAUGAUUCCAAUCCGUUUGAUGAAGAAGAAGAAGAUAAUCCGUUUGCGGAUCAAGGAUCUCGAGGUACGGGUCAAUCAAAUUAUGGUGGAGGUGCAUUUUAUAUGAUUAAUCCUGGAAGUGUGCCUGCUGCAAACUCAAGGCUUUCACCUCUUCCUCCUGAACCUGCUGGGUAUGAUCGUGGUGCAACAGUUGAUAUUCCUCUUGAUAGUUCCGAUGACCUUAAAGAGAGAGAAAAAGAACUGAAAGCUAAAGAGGCAGAACUGAAAAAAAGGGAACAGGAACUAAAAAGGAGGGAAGAUGCUAUUGCACGAUCUGGAGUUGUUAUUGAGGAAAAAAAUUGGCCACCAUUUUUUCCUAUUAUUCAUCAUGAUAUUGGAAAUGAAAUCCCAAUCCAUCUGCAGAAGCUGCAAUAUGUUGCAUUCACGUCGUUUUUGGGUUUGAUAGUGUGUCUUCUAUGGAACGUUGUAGCAGUUACCUUAGCUUGGAUUAAAGGGGAAGGUCCAACAAUUUGGUUUCUUGCCAUAAUAUACUUCAUAUCGGGUGUUCCAGGAGCCUAUGUAUUCUGGUAUCGUCCACUUUAUCGUGCAAUGCGGACAGACAGUGCUUUGAAGUUCACUUGGUUCUUCUUGAGUUACGUGUUUCAUAUUGGCUUCUGCGUCUUGGCUGCCAUUGCUCCUCCAAUCAUUUUUAAAGGAAAAUCUUUGACUGGAAUCUUGCCUGCAAUUGACGUUUUAAGUGGUAACGCUUUGGUUGGGAUAUUCUAUCUUGUGGGAUUUGGAUUCUUCUCUAUUGAAUCCCUGAUUAGCAUAUGGGUUAUUCAGCAAGUUUACACGUACUUCAGAGGUAGUGGAAAAGCUGCAGAGAUGAAGAGAGAAGCAGCAAGAUCAACUAUGAUGGCAGCAUUGUGA